AACUUUGCAACUCACCGGCAUCCGGAAUCCGGUUUGUUCACCUGUCAAGUUCUCGGUUUUUUGUCAAUACAUCAAAAUUUUCUUGAUUCACCUUGGUUGGUACUAGUGAGUUACGUCGAUAAACUCCCCCGAUAUCUCUUGAACGAGGAGAUUAUCACAGUUACUUUAAUUUAACACGUAAUAAUAUGUCUGAGAAACAUUUGCAAACCGGCGAUGAACUGCCGGCGUUUGGUGAAAAAUUGCGUUUAUUCGCUAUGAGAUUUUGUCCCUAUGCUGAAAGAAGCAUUUUGGUUCUGAAUGCCAAAAAAAUCCCUUAUGAUCACAUAUUUAUCAAUCUCGAUCAAAAGCCCGAGUGGAUUUUUAAUUUCAGCCCGAAAGGCACAGUACCGGCUCUAGAAUAUGAACAGGGAAAGGGAAUCUUUGAUAGUAACAUUAUUAACUAUUACUUGGAUGAGAAAUAUCCAGAGGUGUCUCUGCAGCCCACCAACCCCCUCCGUAAGGCUCAAGACAAGAUGCUAGUUGAACAACUUACUGGGGCUCAAUCAGCGUACUACACUGCCGCAUUUAAUUCGCCUGCUCUGGAGCCAUCCAUGGUGGAAACAUAUCACAAAGGCCUUGAAAUAGUACAGAAAGAAUUAGAAGUCCGUAAUACCAAGUUCUUGCAUGGUGAUGAACCUGGUUUGGUUGAUUAUACCAUCUGGCCAUUCUUGGAACGUUUUGAAGCCUUGCCGUUGUUGGGCAAGCAGGAGUUUGCUAUUGACAAAUCUAAGUAUCAAGGUUUGACGAAAUACAUUGAAGAAAUGAAAAAUGUGCCAGCGGUGAAAGCAUAUUAUUUGUCUCCGGAGACUCAUGCCAAAUAUAUUGAAUCCAGAGCUAAGGGAAAUCCAGAUUACAAUAUGUUGGAUACCAGCGCUGUGUGCUGCAUGCGUCCUAGGAAGAAGAAGGGAAUAAAAGAGUUAAAGGGACGUUACAAAUGUUUGUACAACAAAAACCGAGAACAAAUUCAAGAAAGUCAGCACAAUAUAAGUGUGCUAUAUUUUGGCGUAGUUAUAUUAAAAAAACGUAAUAUUUUUAUUGACAAAAGCAAUCGUAUCAAUCGCAGUUUUCAAGGUUAUAAAACUGCGGCGUCAUUCUUUCGCAGACGAACACUAAAUUUAUCUUUAUUUAGUGUUUUGCAUAUUUUAAUCAACAUGAUAACUAGUACCUUAAGUUUCGCCAUGCAUAUACUUUUGUCGUCAUAUAAAAUUCUAGAACCAGUCAGGCAAGUCGUCGAAUACGUAUUGCCUUAUACUUACAGAAAAAUGGCAAACAAGGCGAUCAAAGGAGGUGUAAAUUUCAAUGGAAAACAUUUGAGAAAAGGUGAUGCAUUGCCGCCUUACAAUGGAAAAUUACGUAUCUAUAACAUGCGUUAUUGUCCCUACGCACAACGAACUAUUCUAGCGCUGAUUGCAAAAGACAUUGACUUUGAAGUGGUCAAUGUGCACACGCAGGAUAAACCAGAAUGGCUUACCCGUAAAAGUGCCUUUGGCAAAGUCCCAUCACUGGAAAUAAAAGAAGACGUUUGUAUUUACGAGAGUUUGGUAACGGUGGAAUAUAUAGAUGAAGUUUAUUCUCAAAGACCGUUAUUAUCGAAGGAUCCAGUAAUAAAAGCUUACGACAAAAUCAUCGUUGAAGCUGCUGGACCUUUGCACACCAUGUUCUUCAAACUGGUGAAGGCUCCGGAAACGAUCACGGAAGAUAAUAUUAAUGCUUACAAGAAAGCAUUGAUUUUUAUUCAAGAACAGUUGAAGAGUAGAAGUACUGCAUACUUCGGUGGCGAUGAGCCCGGCUACGCGGAUUAUAUGAUAUGGCCUUGGCUAGAAAGACUUUACGCUCUACAAGACAAAUAUGAAACGGCCAAAUUUGAUGGAGCUGAAUACAAGCUAUUGAAUGAAUAUGUUGCCAAUAUGCUCAAUGAUCCAGCAGUCAGCAUUUAUUUGGUGCCUAAAGAUGUGCUGCUGAAAGUUUACGAAGCGUACAAAACAGAGAAAUUUCCCGAUUACGAUCUUUUAACACAAUAAAAUCUUUUUGUUUAACAAUCCAAUGUUAUUAAAAAUUAAAAGCAUUUUAUAUCUUA